UUCUAUAUUUAAAUUGCAUGCAAUACAUUACAUAACGUAUAGGAACAUGCUUUUCACGGCUGCGUAGUUUAUAGGAAACCAUACGAAUUCUAACAGCAACUACAAUAGAAAUGUCUACGUUUAAGUGUUACAAGGACAUCUGUGAACGGGGCGCUCAGUACUGCGAGAAGACCAGGGAAAGAUGUUACUGGUGUAAGGAUGCUUCUAACCAGUGUUGGACGACGGAUAUGCCACGCCAGUGCAACGAAUUCUGUGAAGAUUUAUGGCAACAAUUAAAGAACCAGUCAUACAGUAGAGGAUAUACAGAUGGAAUUUCAGCUCAUAACGGUCUACAUUAUCCUUUCAUCAUAUCAACUUCCAUUGCCGUCAUCCUUACGAUACUAUGUGGAUUACUUGGUUUGAAAAUAUACAAGUUAAUGAAAAAACUCAAAACAUCACGUGCAGGACAUGGCAGAUAUUCAGUCUAUGACCUGGAAAUCCCGAACAGUCCCGAAACAAGCCCACUAACACAGACAGGCGAUGAUGAGGUAGUCGACAUGGACAUCACGGAACCGACAGACGAUGCCGUUUCAACUAACACGACAGGCCGGCAUGCCAGUGUAGACUCGGGAUUUGAUAACAGAGAGAGUAUGAACUCAACCUCCACCAUGCCAUGUGCGUGUAACCGAGAUGGCGGUGAAGCGGAAGCAUGCGUUCGUUCCACGGAUCUAAAGCAGCUGCCCCCAAGAAAUGACGCUGGUAGUUUGAAUGCGACACUCCUGUGUGGCUGAGAGCGGGUGAGUGAGUGAGUGGGUGGCUGGGUCAGUGAGUCAGUGAAGGUCCACUGUUAUGCACCCCAUGGAAUACAAAAGUCAUGGAGCUGUUUUUGAACCCCUCCCGUCAUCCUUAGAGUAAUAUACCCAUGCCCAUAAAUAUUGUCAUCCACAUUCUGAGACUAACCCUCACGAACGCCUUUUUCCUGAUAUUGUCCAUGUUAAAUGUAUCGGUCCCUUUGUAUUGGUAUCUGGAGUUUAAUAUGGUAUUAAAAGUCUAUAUUGUUUUACAACUCAAGGAAAAAAAUGACAAUGUUGUUAACCUUCAAUCUAUUUUAAUAAACAGGUGUGGAUCUUU